CGGCCGGGCCCCCUUCCGGCCCCCUCCCCCAAGCGCGCGCCGGCGCCUCUGGGCCACUAGUUCCGCGCAUUCUUGGACGGACGCGUCCCCCCUUGAUCCUGCAGCAGCUUCCCGCGCCCGCGGGAGAUGUCAGAUUGAAGUGAGUGAAUUUAACUCAACCUUGUUAGAGAGCUUUUUAAAAAAUAAAACGAUUCGGUGCAUGAGAGCAAGUUACUGCUGCUUACCGUUCAGACUUACAGGUGCUUGCCUGCAUUGCAAUAAAGGACUCAAUAUUGAGCAAGACAUAUUUAUCUCUUCGUUUUGGAGAGCCUAAUAAACUGUUAUUACAGUUUCUCUACUGACUUUCAAAGGUUUUGAAGUUUGAAAGAGACAUCUUUACAAUUAAUACAGUAUGAGCACGGCCAGAACAGAGAACCCUGUUAUAAUGGGUCUAUCCAGUCAAAAUGGUCAGCUGAGGGGCCCUGUGAAGCCUAGUGGUGGCCCCGGAGGAGGGGGCACACAGACACAGCAACAGAUGAACCAGCUGAAAAAUACCAACACAAUCAAUAAUGGCACUCAGCAGCAAGGACAGAGUAUGACCACCACUAUUAAACCUGGUGAUGACUGGAAAAAGACUUUAAAACUCCCUCCAAAGGACCUAAGAAUCAAAACUUCGGAUGUGACCUCCACAAAAGGAAAUGAGUUUGAAGAUUAUUGUUUGAAACGGGAGUUACUGAUGGGAAUUUUUGAAAUGGGCUGGGAAAAGCCAUCUCCUAUUCAGGAGGAGAGCAUUCCCAUUGCUUUAUCUGGUAGGGAUAUUUUAGCUAGAGCAAAAAAUGGAACAGGCAAGAGCGGUGCCUACCUCAUUCCCUUACUUGAACGGCUAGACCUGAAGAAGGACAAUAUACAAGCAAUGGUGAUUGUUCCCACUAGAGAACUUGCUCUACAGGUCAGUCAAAUUUGCAUCCAGGUCAGCAAACACAUGGGAGGGGCCAAAGUGAUGGCAACCACAGGAGGAACCAAUUUACGGGAUGACAUAAUGAGGCUUGAUGACACAGUGCAUGUGGUGAUAGCUACCCCUGGAAGAAUCCUGGAUCUUAUCAAGAAAGGAGUAGCAAAGGUUGAUCAUGUCCAGAUGAUAGUCUUGGAUGAGGCAGAUAAGUUGCUGUCACAGGAUUUUGUGCAGAUAAUGGAGGAUAUUAUUCUCACGCUACCUAAAAACAGACAGAUUUUAUUAUAUUCUGCUACUUUCCCUCUUAGUGUACAGAAGUUCAUGAAUUCCCAUUUGCAGAAACCCUAUGAGAUUAACCUGAUGGAGGAACUAACUUUGAAGGGAGUAACCCAGUACUACGCAUAUGUAACUGAGCGCCAAAAAGUACACUGCCUCAACACACUUUUCUCAAGGCUUCAGAUAAACCAGUCGAUCAUUUUCUGUAACUCCUCUCAGCGAGUUGAAUUGCUAGCCAAGAAGAUUUCUCAACUGGGUUAUUCUUGCUUCUAUAUCCAUGCUAAAAUGAGGCAGGAACAUCGAAAUCGUGUGUUUCAUGAUUUCCGAAAUGGCUUAUGCCGCAAUCUUGUUUGCACUGAUUUGUUUACCCGAGGUAUUGAUAUACAAGCUGUGAAUGUGGUAAUAAACUUUGACUUUCCAAAGCUGGCAGAGACCUAUCUCCAUCGUAUUGGAAGAUCAGGUCGCUUUGGUCAUCUUGGCUUAGCCAUCAACUUGAUCACAUAUGAUGAUCGCUUCAACCUGAAAAGUAUUGAGGAGCAGCUGGGAACAGAAAUUAAGCCUAUCCCAAGCAACAUUGACAAGAGCCUAUAUGUGGCAGAAUACCACAGCGAGCCUGUAGAAGAUGAGAAACCUUAACAAGCAUGCUUUGACAAACUACAGAAGGCUCGUUCGGAUCUGUGACACAUUUUUUGGGGGGGAGGGGUAUGCUCUUUGUGGGUUUUUCAUGUUUUAUUUUGGAACUAUGAAGACUUAAAAGAGCUCAGACUUUUUUUUUAAACUGGUGAAGAGAAAAAAGCUGAAAAGAAGGAAUUUACCUUUUUUGUUCCACUUGUUUGCACUGUGUGCUGACUGAACAUUAGUUGCACUAACUGCUAGUUUUUAAAAAAUGUUUUCUGGGGAAGGGGGACAAGGAAGGAGGAGAAAGAAGAGAAGGGGAGAAACCCUAAAAAGAGAAGAAUCUUGAUGAACACACAAGCUUGUCUGCAAUUUCAAAAUUCUCCAACAGCUGACUCUUGAGUGCAUUUCAACUUCUCCCUGAUUACUCAUCCGUUUUUUAAGCCUGAAGAGCUUAUUACUUAUUUGUGCGAAGUGCCUUAUGCUAUGAGACCAUUCAGAAUAUCUUUUAGAUACAGCCCAAGGAAUCAACAAUAGUAAUUUCUUUCCAUUUUUCUUCCUUUCUUUUUAAUUUUUGUCUUUUCCUUUUGAUUUUAAGGUGAAGUCUCUUCCCUUUCUACCCAAUACUCAAGCCCAGGGCUAGAAGAUGAAACGUAUUAGUAAUGUUAAACACCAUUUUUUUUUUCUUUAUGUGGAGGAGUUGAUAUGCAACUGCAUUUCAUUCGCACUGUAAAUACAUGUAUUUAAAAAAACAAUCCCAAGUAAAAAUUUCUUCUGGGCUGAGUAGAUGCACCAUCAUUGCUCCCAAAGGAAAGAGCAGUCUAUCAUUGCAGGAGCCAUAUGACAAGCCUUUGUGCUCUAUAGCAGAACACUAAAGACUGGUUUACAUACGCCUCCAUUAGCAGUUAUGGCACUUGAUGUGUAGACAUGUCAGCCUUGACCCUCUUUCCUCUGUGGCAAAGCGUGUCCCAUAGAAAAUUGGGUGUGUAUACUUGUAUAAACUUUGUAAAUAAGUUUUUUUCUGGGUUCAUAUAUAUAUAUACAUAUAUAUAUAUUUUUUUUUUGGAUGAAGGUUGCUGGGAUUAAGGGGAUUAGAGUGAUUAUGGGAGCAGCUAAAGAUGAGAGGGGCUCAGUUUUCCGCAACACUAAAUUCUAAAAAGUACUUUGGCCUCUUACUGUAGAGAGCAGACCUCUUGGGGACCAUAGGUUAGAAAAGGGACCCAGAAGUCUGGGAUUCAGUGUUUGCUGCCACACUGUCUCCUCUAGUACUUUUGGAGGAGGCCUGCCAGAAGGAGCAAGGAAGCUUCAAAAACCUGUAAUUAAAGGUAUUAUUUUCGAGAAGCUCUCUGAUUUUGCUUUUCUCUUUUUAAAAAGUUUGAGGAACUUUUCAAGCUUGGCAAAAGGGGACAAAAAUUAGUCUGCCUUGCAGUGUGGAAAUUUAAUUGAGUGGCAGUGUCUGAGCAGUGUAUGUAUAAAGCAUGGAUUUGCAUUUCAGAAUAUUAGCCGGUACCAGCUUUGGUAACGUUAGCAGUUCUGGGGCUUACUUUCUGUGGAUCACCUGUACUGUGUAAUAAGUGUGUUGCCUUCUGCCCACCUUGAUACAUAAAUUUGCAGGAAUGGGCACCCUGAGAGCUAUUAACGUUCAUGCUGCAGAAAGCUGCUUGUCAUCCUCUUUGUGACAAUAAUUAUUUGUCAUUUUGCAUUGUAAAUUGCUGGCAAAUGGCUUUACAAUGAAUAGUGUUGCUUUAAAUUGUGCCCCUCCCAACAUGCUUGAUGUUUGGCCUGAUCUCCAGGCAAAAAGAGUGAGAUGAAUCAAAACCAGUGAACUUUUUUUUUUAAUGUUUUUAAUUCCCCUUUAACCCAGUGUACUAGGUCAAUCAGGAGGCAUCUAGGGUUAAAAAAAAUAAUAAAAAAUAAAAUGAAAAAAAUUUUUGAUUUCCAUAUCCCAUUGUUUUUUAAAGCCCUAAAAUACUACAAGGUAAGUCAUGCAUAUGCUUUCGUGCUUAACUCAUCUGGAUAAAGAAAUCAGUUAUUCAGAGUUGCUUUUUUGACUGUCUAGUUCUAAGCAAAAACUAUAUGUGACUCACCCAAAAUUCCUUGAGAAUCAAAAUCCUGCAGAUGCCUCCUGAUCAGACAUAGCCCUAACUCCUUAAAAACUGUAGCAGGAGCUGCACAGUACAAACUCAAAAAAGAAUAAGCUCAUUUAUUUGGUAUCUAAGCCACAUCGGUUCUUCUAUCUAGCCAAUGUUGGCUAUUUAAAUACAAGCCCUAAUAAAGGAAGUAAGUUUUCUUCCAGGGAGGGGUGGGGGGAGGGAAUUUAAAAGGCAUCAACUUUCGACCAAAAAUAUCUUGCCCUUGUACUGAUGCAGCUCUUUCUCGCCCACCUCUGACAAGAUAAGAGGGAUCAUUCAUUGUAGAAAAGCAAGAAAACUCAUAAAUACAAUUUUGUAUCUUGUGGGAGAGUGGGUGACUAAACAGCUCAGUCCUAUUUGCUAUCCUCAGACUAGUGUCUGCUUGGUGCCACAUGCCCGUUGAUCCCUCUUAAAGCACAGACUUUAAAUUGAAAGUAUUACUGAAGUACAGCCUCUUAUGAGGAGUGGCACUUAAACUGUCUGGGAUACCACUAUUGGACAGUUGUACAGACAACUGUCCAAUUUUGGUGCUUGACUCUUGAAUAGGAAUUAUUAAAUGGAAAGAUGCUCUAAGGACUAGGUCAAAGCCUAGUCUUUUUUUUUUUUUUAAAUCCCCUUCACAAUAAGGAGUAUUUGUUACUUUUGGAAAUUUUUUCGUGUUCUUCCAGUAUGUUUAAGUGAUGGUAAUAUUUUUCCAGUGGUUCGUUUGGAUGAAAACUAUUCCCUGUUUUUAAUAUUUAAGUAACAUCCAGCUCGUGGUUUAGCCUGUGGUUGUAUAGCUGUGUAAUGGACUGUUACACCUUGCUGCUUCUGGGCCUGUUUUGUCUCUUCCCAUACAUUCCAAUGGAGAAACUUUCUUACCUUUCCUUUAGGAGUGGAAUAAAUUUUUUCCAAAAUGAUCUUCUAUGGGAAGAAAGGAGAAGGAAACCUAAAUAUGUCUAAAUUAUUUUCAAGUUGGCCCUGCAUCAUAAUAUGGGUUGGCCCCAAAGGCUGGGGGGAGGGGGAGGCAACUGGUUAUCAGUAUUUGUUUUCAGAAUGAGAUGGGAGCAUCUUUCCUUUGCCGUGUGCUUUGUGUUUGAUACCAUCAUGCUUGGGUUAGAACCAGACAACUCAGCACAAAGCUUCGAGUGUAAAUUGUUGGAAUCAAAACAUCUCAUUCUGAUCACUUGGUUUAAUUUUUUUUCUUUUUUUUUUUUUUUAAGGGUGGGAGGGAGGUUACUGUGCCCCAAAAGGGAGGGUGUCUGCACUAGGAUUUAGAAACACUUUGGAAGCUGAUAACCUCUUCAGAAACUGCCUUUAGCCACACUCCUGACCUUAUAGAUGAGAAACAAAAAGAUGAAAUUAUUGGGAAUUAAGCCAUGUUGUUUUAAUUUGCUACUCAGUGUUCUGUGUAUCUUAAAAUUUGUUAUUGUGGAGUCAUUUUCUGGCAAAAUACUUUGUCAAACAGAAUAUUGGCCUCGUGGAAGCUGAAGUCAGUCAACUCUUUGGUAAACUUUAAGUGGACUUUGGUGAACUUGUAGUUCUACUUGAUAUCCUUAAAGAUUAUUUUCUAAAACUCCCAAAGAAAAUCCACUCUGAUCUAAAAACUCAUCUUUGGGUUAAAUAAAGGGUUAAGUGUCCAAAGGUUAUAACAGUUCAUGAGGUCAGAGGGAGCUAGCUUGGCACCUGGACUCUGCCCCUCCACAGCUAAUAGAUUCCAGCAGAAGUGUGUAUAAAUUCUCCAGUAGACUAUACUGGGCAAGGGAGGGGGGGGGCGGGGUUGGGUUAUUAAGAUACAGGUUACUGUAUUUUAACCAAUGAUUGUGGGGGAGGGGUGCCUGGAGAAAAAAAGUUGUUAUUCCCCUUUUUGAAAUAAAGUUGAGAAAAUUUUAUUUUUCAAUAAAAAUGGGAUAGAAUUUCAAUGUCCCUAGCCACAAGGGACUAGUUCCACUGAGAAGUGAUCAGUGGAGAUUCAAAAUUUUGAAAACAUUUGGGGAAAGGGAAAAUUGGCUUUCUGUUAAUUGGUAAAUGUUCCAGUGGGGCUCUGUUUCUGUUGAGAUGUGUUAUGUUGUAUGUACACAUGGACCAGAGUCUGCUGAGUUUAUAUAAAGUUCAGAAAAGAUGGUUGAUAAAAUCUUGAUUUUUUUUUUUUGUUUGUUUAUCAAUAAAAGCCCACUGGAACUCCAAA